AUGGCGGGGCCGGUGGACUGUCACUGCCACCUGGCCGCGGCCUGCUUCCAGCCGGACGUGGCGGCCGUGGUGCGGGCGGCGGAGCAGGCGGCCGUGUCGGCGCUGGUGGUGGUGUCGGAGCAGGCGAGCGAGUUCCGGAGCGUCGUGGAGCUGUCCGAGAGAUUCCCAGGGUUUGUCUUGCCGUGCCUGGGAGUUCACCCCGUUCAAGAGAUUUCUCCAGAGGAGCAGCGCAGUGUUACUUUGAAGGAUCUGGAUGCUGCACUGCCUCUUAUAGAACGUUACAAAGACAAGUUGGUGGGGAUUGGAGAAGUUGGACUAGAUUUCACUCCCAGAUUUGCCAGCACUGAUGAACAGAAGGAAGGACAAAGACAGGUUUUGAUCAAGCAGAUUGAGCUGGCAAGAAGACUGGAUUUGCCAUUAAAUGUUCAUUCCCGCUCAGCUGGAAGACCAACCAUCAAUCUCCUGAAGGAACAAGGUGCUACCAAGGUGUUGCUCCAUGCCUUUGAUGGGAAGCCAUCUGUAGCCAUGGAAGGGGUGAGAGCUGGAUACUACUUCUCCAUUCCUCCUUCCAUUGUAAGGAGUGAACAGAAGCAGAAGCUUGUGAAACAGCUGCCACUAGAAAAUAUGUGCUUGGAAACUGAUUCUCCUGCUCUGGGGCCUGAAAAACAGGUGAGAAAUGAACCCAAAAACAUUUACAUUGCUGCUGAAUACAUUGCCAAAAUUAAAGGAAUUCCAGUUGGAGAAGUUAUAGAAGUGACUACACAGAAUGCACUAAAAGUAUUCCCUAAACUUCAGCACUUUAUUCGGAUAUAGAUUCAGAAACUGAAAUAUAUGAUGUUGCAGAAAGUAUUACUUGUGGUGUAAUUAAUAAAACCAAUUAUUGUA